ACGAAGAUAGAUUUAUUGCAUUUUUUGAUGACCAAUACCAAUAAUGAAAUUUUUCUUGGAGAUCAAUGUUUGCUUUUUGCGGUCCUACAAUCGCUGGGCAGUGUCAUAAUCACUUCUUUCGUCACAGAAAAUAGCAACGCGAGGCCUUUGAUGACAAAUGAUGAAAUUUUUGUGACAAAUUACGAUGGCGGGGACACCUGAGCACAGCAGCACGCAACUUUCACUGGCGUGUCCGGUCUGCGAGAAGUGCCCGGACCAAGGAGAGCUGUGGUACGUCAUCGGAGCACUUUGUGCUGUGGCUUUGAUUCAAACCUUCGUCAGUUUAUUUAUUUACAGAUUGUAUAAACAAGAACAAAAUUCUCGUCUUACAAUGUGGAAAGUGAAAAUGAAAGACAUAACGUGGGGCAAAGCGGGUGAUUCUGCUACCACUCCAACUAAGAAUCUCGCGACCAACAACGACAUUAUAGAAGCCCACAAACAAAUAAGAGACUGCAAAGGUAAAGAGUUUAUCACAACCGCUUUCUACAAAGGCAGGAUUGUAGCUGUUAAGAAAUUGAAAGCUCGAAGAAUUUCGCUGGAGCGGCCGAGUUUGUGCGAUUUAGACCAGAUUUUUAUGCUUAACCACGACCAUGUAUGCAAGUUUUACGGUGCAAAUUAUGAAGGACAAUAUACCUCAAUACUUUCUGAAUAUUGCAAAAGAGGUUCAUUGCAAGAUUUGUUUGACCACCACGACAAGUGGGAUGAUUUCUUUAAAAAUUCCUUGAUAUUUGAUAUUGUAAAAGGAAUGCUCUACCUUCACCGUAGUCCAUUGCGCUCACACGGGAACCUGAAACCUUCAAAUUGUUUGAUUGACAGCCGGUUUAUGGUGAAGCUGACUGACUUUGGUCUCAUCAGUCAACGAUUAAAGCUCAUCAAAAAAAAUCAGGGAGAACCAAAAACAGCAAGCAGUCGAAAACUGUGGACCGCACCUGAGAUAUUAAAAUCUGUGAUACCUCCCCCUGAAGGGACUCAACGAAGUGACGUGUAUAGUUUUGCAAUUAUUGUUCAAGAAAUAUUGGUUCAAAAGGGACCAUUUUACAGAAAAGACAAGAAAUACAGCCAUGAAGAAAUCAUCGAAUUGGUGAUGUCAUCAAACAACAAAGAACCGUUCCGUCCUUCAUUGGAAGACGAUGAUGAUGUCAUAAUUGAUCAACAAUGGAGAAAAACACUUCAAAGAUGUUGGGCUCAUAAAGCAAAAGAUAGACCAGGCUUUCAUGAGCUUGAGCACUUGCAAACUUCCUUUCAGAGAGAGACAAACCUUGUUGACAGUCUGUUUCAAAGACUUCAGCAAUAUUCGUAUAGUCUUGAAGAGAAGGUGGAAGAAAAGACAGAGCAAUUCAAAGCAGAAAAAGAGAAAUCUGACAGUCUUUUAUACCAAAUGUUGCCUAAAAUGGUGGCUGAAAGACUAAAGAUGAAUUCUGAUGUACGACCAGAAUCUUAUGACAGUGUGACGGUUUAUUUCAGUGACAUUGUUGGCUUUUCUAACAUUUGUCAUAGAAGUCAACCGUUAGAAGUGGUUCGCAUGCUGAAUGAACUAUACACCAUGUUUGACCAAAUCAUUGAUGGGUUUGAUGUGUAUAAGGUUGAAACAAUAGGCGAUGCGUACAUGGUUGUAUCUGGUUUACCACAGCGCAAUGGAAACGAUCAUGUGAAAGAAAUUGCAAGGAUGGCUUUGUCACUAAAGGAUAGUGUGUCAAAUAACUUUGUCAUUGAGCAUCUACCUAAUGAGAGGCUUAAAUUACGAAUUGGGAUUCACACUGGUCCAGUUGUGGCUGGCGUUGUUGGAAUGAAGAUGCCAAGAUAUUGUUUGUUUGGUGAUACAGUGAAUACUGCAGCCAGGAUGGAACAAACUGGGAAAGAACUACAAAUACAUGUGUCACCCACUACAAAUAAAAUUUUGGAAAACUUCGACUCAUUUUUGCUGAGAAAACGGAGAUCGCUUGUUCAUUUGAAGGGUUUAGGUGACUGGGAAACCUGGUGGCUACUUGGCGAAUCCUCACCACACGUCAUAUCACAUGAGUCGUCUAUGACGUUUAACGAUUCGCUUGACACGUCCUUGCGGCCGUUGGAUGAAGAAGUAAUGUCACUUGAAGCAACAGAGAGCAUUUCUUCCUACAUGAGUGUGUCGUCAGACGCUGGUUUAGUGUCGGACGAUUUACCAGAAACAAAUGACGUUUUUUCCUAUGAAAACGAAAGCGAUAACGUUCGAACUAGUCACUCAGGUGACUUGGUAACCGGGGAAUUCCGAUAUAGCGGCAACAGGCGACGAUCAAGUCACUGCCCACCGAGAUACAGAAAAUCUCGACUUUCGAAUCAUAUGAAACGCCGGCGAUCCGGCACUGUACUUCAGCCUGUAAUUGACGCCCUAACUUUAGAGAGCGAUGUGAGUUAUAAGAAAUUCCAAAACGUAGAUACGAAUACAGUAACAGGAGGGACGAAAAGGCGAACGCGGAGGAGUGGAGUAACUGGCCAUAAUAUCUCAAUGGAAAUCUUCUCGAUUAGCGAAAUAUCCACCGCCAGGGAUAGUGGUGUGUCGUUGGCGUACGAUAAUGAAACUCUUGAUAAUGAUACCAACAGUUAAUUUGUAUACGCACGUUUAUAUUUAUCAGGGUUUUAUGUGUUUUAUCCAAUGCAAGUUUACAAAAAUACAAUCGUGUUACUGUGUAUUGUGACCACUCAAAAUAAAACUCGCAACAUA